GAGAGGGGGGGAUCCUUGGGCUCACGGAGCUCCAGCCCCAGGCAACCCCAACCUGAGUGUUGGCAGGCCACAUACUCAUAAACCAGGCCUUUGAGGCGACUGCUGUACAGACUGGAGGCCAAGAUGGGUGCUCUUGGCUGGACCCCAGGAGAAGACUCUUCCUACCCCCACCCCAACUCCAGCCUAGCCUGUGUGUGUGUGGAGGACCAGGUCAGAGAGCUGAAAGGCUUGGGCCCAGGGAAGGGUGGGUCCCUCCCUCCCAGAAAGGCUCCACCCUCGUCCGGCCCUUAGGUAUAGGGCAAGACUUCCCAGAGCCCCGCCUGGGAGGCGGGACGUGAGGCUCAGUACCGAGGGACACAGACCAGUCGACCUGUUCCACUGGGGCACGCCACUACCGCCGCCCAUGGGGAACAGCCACUGCGUCCCUCAGGCCCCUAGGAGGCUCCGGGCCUCCUUCUCCAGAAAGCCCUCGCUGAAGGGAAAUAGAGAGGAUGGCGCGAGGAAGCUGGCUGGCCUGUUUGGCACCGAGGCCGGUCCUGACGGGGACGCCACUGCUGACAAGAUCUUCUACUACGUCCCUGGGACGGACAUCCCAGAUUUGGAGAGCCAGCGAGAAAAUCUAGAGCAGCCGUUCCUGAGUGUGUUCAAGAAGGGGCGGCGGAGGGUGCCUGUGAGGAAUCUGGGCAAGGUUAUACACUAUGCCAAGGUCCAGCUGCGAUUCCAGCACAGCCAGGACAUCAGCGACUGCUUCCUGGAGCUGUUCCCCUCUUACCUGUACUUCCAGGCCCAUGGUUCCAAAGGACUCACCUUCCAGGGGCUGUUACCACUGAUGGAGCUGAGUGUCUGCCCGCUCGAGGGAUCCAGAGAGCAUGCCUUCCAGAUCACAGGCCCGCUGCCUGCUCCCCUUCUCGUGCUCUGCUCCAGCCAGGCUGAGCUGGGCCGCUGGCUGUACCACCUGGAAAAGCAGAUGGCCCUCGUGGGAGGGCUGCAGCACUGCCACUCAUCGCCCCCGCAGGGCCUCCCUGAGGACGAGCUGCCCUGGACUCUACAGCGCAGACUGACCCGGCUGCGGACAGCAUCGGAGCGUCAGAUGGUGGGUAGUGCCAUCUGUGCCUCGAGGGUCAAGCUUCAGCAUCUGCCUUCACAGGAACAGUGGGACCGGCUCUUGGUCCUGUACCCAACAUCACUGGCCAUUUUCUCUGAGGAAGCAGAUGGGCUUUGCUUUAAGGGGGAGCUCCCACUCAGCGCCAUCCACAUCAACCUGGAGGAGAAGGAGAAGCAGAUCCGCUCUUUCCUCAUCGAAGGCCGUCUCAUCAACACCAUUCGCGUGCUGUGUGCCAGCUACGAGGACUACAGCCACUGGCUGCUCUGCCUGCAGACGGUCUCCCACAGGGACGGAGCUGCCCCACUGCCUGGCCCUGAGAGCUUCCCAGGGCUGCGGGUGUCCACACAGGACCAGGCCAACCCUGGCGGCACCGGCACCAGCAGGCAGAGGGCAGAGCUGAGACGGAGCAGCAGCAGUCGGUCACCCAGGAUCAAGGCCCGGGCUGAGGGGCCCGGCCUGGCCACCUCGUUGUUUUUGGACCUGACCAAGCCAAGCAAGCACAGCCCGGAGGGCAACCCCGAGGCCCGAGAGCAGCCUCCGGAGGCCCCACGGUCCCCGCUCUAUGCUGAUCCCUACACACCACCUGCUACCUCCUACCACAAGAUCACGGAUGUCCAGGGCCUGGACGAGUUCCUCAGCGCGAUGCAGAGUUCACUUGGACCUGAGUCCUCGAGCGCAUUCCCCUCGGUCCCUGUGUCUGUGCCUGUCUCUGACCCCAGCUCUGGGCUCUCCGGUCCCCACUUGCUCUCCAAGAAGGGAGCCCUGCAGCCGCGAGCCUCUCAGCGGCACCGAGGCUCUGUCCAGGGCCAGGGUCCACCACCCCCAGACUCCCCUCAGCAUGUCUCCCCUGUGAGAGAAGUCUCACCCGACCCCCUGCUGCCUCCCUCAGGUGGCCAUCCCCUCAGGAGCUAUGACAACAUCUGGGACAAAGCUUCAUCUCCUUCCCACAAGCGCUGGCCCCGCGGAGCACCUGAGGCUGGUGGGGGGCUCAUCCAGUGGAUCUGAUGGCCCCUGGGCCGGCUGGUUCUUGGGACUACCCACCAGCAUUAACCCGGGAGUGGGGGGUCUGCAGCAGAGCUGGGUCUUUCUUUGUAGGGCCACAGGCUGACCAGCAUCCAAUACCUGAACGCCGUCGAAGGCUGAGUCAGUGUCUGACCCCAGCAGGGUGCAGGGGUCUCCAGAACUCUGAGUCUCCCUGGGCUCUGGAGGGGCCAGGCAGACGGCCUCAUGCCAAAGAUGGCCUGGUGACACCGCUCAGGUCAGACACAGAUCGGAGCAGGAGGCAUGGAGGGACCGAACUUGAACCAUUCCUCCAGGGAAGACACGGGGAGGCCACUUGGUGCAGGCUUUACCUGGGGGUGGGAGAACAGCGUAGGUGUGAAGGCCAGAGGGCCGAGAAAGAUUAGUGAGGGUCAGAGCACGUGAGGUCAGAGAGCACAAGGGUGGGAGGUCAGCGAAGUCUGAGACAUCACAGGCAGAGGCAGGAGGGUGUUCUGGGCAAAUGUGAGUGGACUGCGGCCGGCUGGGAGAAACUGACGAGAGACUAAACAAGAAAGAUAAAGAUUUUAUUUGUG